AGGACAUUUCCUUCCCCGGCGCCAAAGAGGGAGGCUUGACCGAUACUGUACAUAGUGGGGCUGAAGAAAAAAAAUCGAUUCAUCCAUUUUCUAAUCCGUUUGUCCUCACAAGGGUGCCGGCCCGGUGUAGCGCCAUCGCCCGUUCGGGUUUAGGUUGCAUUUAGGGUGGCGAGUGAGCUGGACUGAUCUUUGGACUGAAACCGAGAAUCCCCCGUGCGAUUUUUUUUUAACUUAAAACGAUGCUGCCCCGAAAGCCCCCGCAUCAUUUCGUCAUCAUUUGGCUGUUAUCAGAGUAUCGCUGAGGCGGGACUCUCCCCGGUUAGCGACAACAAAAGAUAAAAGUGAAAGUAAACAGUCUGUCAGGAUAAAAAAAAAAAAAAGUGCGCCGCCUGUGAUGAAAGCCGACGAAGUUCAUCGACGCUGCAACGCGAUAACACACCCACACAACGUGACCAAAUCAAAAACUAGAGAAAUCCACAGAGCGCAUCUAGUGACAAAACAAGAGGGGCUAAUGAACUUGUCACAAUCAUCUUUAUUGGCCAAUGUGAACCUGGAUGUGUACAGGAGCAGAAUGACAUGGUGGUCCGCCCCCUGCCUGUGUCUCAUUAUAUUCCUGAGUUUGACGAAACCUUCAGAAGAGAACUGCAAAGACUACUUUACGCAGAAGGAAUGGGAAAAUAACACGAUUUUUAAAAUGGUCUCCCUUGUGAUCACAGAGAACAAAACAAAUGUGGCGGAGUGUACUUUAGAAAGCUACUGUUUGCAAAACGAGAUGUGUCAUGUAUUUCACGACUGCUUUGACAGACAUGUCAAGUCACCAAGUGAAAAGUGUAAACCUGUGCAGAUUGUUCCCGUUCAUACUCAUCACUUAAUGUGCCUGUUAGCCAGAGUAGUGGAUUCCCAAAAAACUGUACAUGGCUGUGAAUAUGCAAGCGUUUGUCCAUUAUUUGAGGAGAGUUGGCAAGCCGCAACUGCACUGCCGCCAACAGACCCAAAGAUGACAUCAACAGUUGUGUCAUCUCGGGCUGAAGCGCUGCCAACAUCACAUGCAUCAUUACCAAAUGUUACGCCUGUGGCAAAAAACGGACACCAUGCCGAGAAUACAGCCGCCUGUCAAGGCAAUGCUAAGUUUUAUGAGAUGCCAAUCCACCUCAACGAGAACGAUUUAAGCCUGAAGGUGCCGUUAGUGAUUUCUUCAACGCUUGCUAUUGUCAUGCCAUUAGCUGUUUACUUUUACAUGCGUCACCAGAUGAAGCAAGACGAGAGAGGGCCAGGAAACCGGAGUACCCGGAGAAAACCCACGCCGGCACAGGGAGAGCAUGCAAACUCCACACAGGAAGUAUGACCAACCACUUGGCUCUACAGAUUUUUUUUCCCUCUUUCACAACUUCAAGGGGGCUAUCAAUGGAUUCAUUCUGAAGAUGUGGACGAUAUCGAGGUGACUGAACCAAAAGAGCUGCAAGGGUUCCUGGAAAUUUUUUCAAGGAGUGAAUGAAGGUGUCAGAAGAGACAGCUGGGAAAAGUGUGCCAGAAUCCAGGGGGUCGCUUUGAAAGGGGGAAACUUGCGGUUUGGAUUGGAACUAACUCUUUUGUGACAACAGCGCUGCCAUUUUUCAGACACACCUUCCAUAUGCAUAACAUUUGUUUUUGACAGAUCUUGUAUUGAAUCGCAUCCCAUUGGGGUGUGUGCUUGAUGUCAUGGACGGUGUUAUGUCCAAUCAUAUCAACAGGGUUGAUUUUUUAUUUUUUAUUUUUUAAAUGCCUCAUUUCGACUCGCAAGACACAUAGCAUAAAGUGAGUUGAUUGUAUGCAAUGAGGAAAUCUGGGGUAACAUACCGAACCUCCUCAUUUCACUGUGUUUUACUAAACUGUGAUGAAUGAAUGAAUAUGAUGUGUUGUUAAAUUUUCAGAAAAGAUAAAUAGCGUAUUAUCCAGUUUCCAGCUAGCUAAUCUGUGCACAAAGCAUGGCCUGCGAACCACAGCUGUAUUUUUUUCCUGUUUGUUUUCGCAUUUGCAUUGUCAAGUCUUGUAUUACUUGUUGCAUUCAUGAAAAAAAAUAAAUGAUA